AUGUCUUCUCGAGCUUCUUCCACUACCCUUUUCUCCGACAGCGACGAUUACAGCACCCUCUCCGAAUCCAUGACACGCGAUCAGCUCGAAGGCUUCUCCUUCUACCAACAUGAUGUCAUACUCCAACAGCACCAAAUGAUUCGAGACCUUGACUACCAGCUCGACGCUGAAGAUGCAUUCAGAGAUCACCAAGCCGGCAUAAUCGAGCAGCAGCAGAUGAUCCUCCUUCACCAGGAAGCUGAGCUCGCCGAAGCCCAGCGUACACUCCAAGCUCAGAGACAGCUGGUUACCACCUGUACAGACAAUAUGAUGUACCUGAUCCAGAUGAUCGAGGAAAGAGACCAGGCGAUCCAGGACAAGGACUGGGCGCUCGCCAGUCUACGGCACCCGCCAAUCUCGCCUCUGAUCCUCCCCUCUCCCGCCCUCUCAAUCUCCUCCUCCCCUAUUUCCUCCCUCUCUUCUUCUUCUUCUUCUUCUUCUUCUUCAUCCUCAUCCUCCCCUCUACUCCCCCGUCGUCAUCAUCCUACCCACGACCUCCCCACCACGCGAGCAACAUCAACACGCAAGCGUGACCGCCCAGCCGCCUUCAAUGGACCGAUCGAACCCCCCCGCACCGCCGAACAGAACGGCCGGCCUUCUCACCGUUCCAAGCGGCCACGUCAUCAUACCGGAGGGCGCCUGGGCCAUGACGGCUCUUCGUCGUCUUUGUCGCCAUCAGAAGAAUCCGUCUACCCUGCUUCAGACGCGUCUUCGGAGCCUACUGUUGAGGGGACAGCGGGCCAGGAGUGGACGGAACGGCUGAGGAGGGCGGUGGAGAGGUGUUUUCAGCCGGUUCCUGAUGGGUUUUAG